AGAAUAUAUAACUUUGGAAGCUCAAAAAGGUUGCAGUAGUAUACUUAUUGUCUUCUUGCACCACCAGUCCCCCACCAUGUCCGCCGCCACCGACGACCUUCCUCUUCACACCCACAAACACUCUCUUCGUAUCCCCAUCAACCGCCUCUUUGCUCUAAUAUACUUCUGUGCCAUCCUAGCCUUACUCUAUCACCACACACACUCCCUCUUCCACUCCACAACUCUAACCUCCUUUUUCAUCACCCUCACCUUCCUCAUCUCCGACUCCAUCUUCGCUUUCUUGAACCUCACCGCGCAAGCUUUCCGAAUGAAUCCCCUCUACCGCAAAGAACACCCCGAAAACCUCGAAAGGGUUCUUCGAAAAUAUUCCGAUUUCCCUGCACUUGAUGUGUUCAUAUGCACUGCGGAUCCUUACAAGGAGCCUCCGAUGAACGUUGUCAACACGGCGCUGUCGGUGAUGGCUUAUGAUUAUCCGACGGAGAAGGUGUCGGUGUACGUUUCCGACGACGGAGGAUCGGCUCUGACUCUGUUUGCGUUCAUGGAGGCUGCAAAGUUUGCAAGGCACUGGUUACCUUUCUGCAGGGAGAACAACAUAGUGGAAAGGUGUCCAGAAGCUUUCUUCGAAAUGGAUCACUCUAGGUUCUCUGAGGCUGAGAAAAUUAAGAUUAUGUACCAAGCCAUGAAAGUGAGAGUGAACAAUGUAAUCGAGAGACGCAAAGUAGACGGUGAAUAUAUUACCGGAGAACGGGAAAGUCAGGCAUUUCGCAAAUGGACCGAUGGAUUUACCAGGCAAAAUCAUCCCACAGUCAUUCAGGUUUUGUUGGACAGUAGCAAAGACAAAGAUAUGAGCGAUUAUGUCAUGCCAAACCUAAUCUAUGUUUCUAGAGAAAAAAGCAGCACAUCAGAACAUAAUUUUAAAGCUGGUGCCCUUAAUGUUCUUAUUCGAGUUUCAGCUGCCAUGACCAAUGCUCCGAUAGUCUUAACCCUAGACUGUGAUACAUUCUCCAAUGACCCAAAAACACCUUCUCGUGCACUAUGCUACUUCUCGGACCCUAAUCUUCGAUCCAAACUAGGAUAUCUGCAGUUUCCACAGCGAUUUAGGGGAAUCAACAAAAAUGACAUAUACGGCUGUGAACACAAGGGUUUGUUUGUGAUCAAUGCUGAGGGAAUGGAUGGAGAAUCAGGGCCAAAUUAUGUCGGAACAGGAUGCUUCUUCAAUAGGAGAGCUUUCUUCGGAGGUCCGUCACAGUUGUUAUCACCUGAAAUCCCUGAGCUGGCCCCGGAUAAGGUGGUGGACAAGCUCAUUCAAUCUCCGGAGGUUCUUGAAUUGGCACAUUUUGUUGCUGCUUGCAACUAUGAAACACAUUCCGAUUGGGGAUGGAAGAUUGGAGUAAGAUACGGUUCUCUGGUGGAGGACUACUUCACUGGUUAUCGUAUGCAAUGUGAAGGAUGGAAAGCUGUACUUUGCAAUCCUACUAGGGCAGCAUUUUAUGGAGAUGCCCCAAUCAACAUUGUUGAUGUGCUCAAUCAAACCAAGCGAUGGACUAUAGGCCUCCUUGAGGUUGCUUUCUCUAAAUAUUGUCCAGUUACAUUCGGCAUUCGGGCCAUGGGCCCUUUGAUGGGCCUUUCAUAUGCUCACUAUGCGUUUUGGCCCAUUUGGUCAAUUCCAGUCACAGUGUAUGCUUUCCUCCCUCAGCUAGCUCUCCUCAAUGGCAUCACCAUCUUUCCUAAGGUUUCAGAGCCAUGGUUUCUCUUGUACGUCUUCCUUUUCCUUGGAUCCUACACCCAAAGCUGCUUAGACUUUGUGGUAGAAGGAGGAACAUUCCCUAAGUGGUGGAAUGACCAAAGAAUGUGGAUGGUUAGAGCACACUCAUCCUUUUUGUUUGGAUCCAUUGAGUACCUUCUCAAGUCAUUAGGCAUUUCCACCCAUGGGUUCAAUGUGACCAGCAAAGUCCUUGAUGAAGACCAAAGCAAAAGAUAUGACCAAGGAACCUUUGAGUUUGGAGUUGCAUCCCCCAUGUUUGUGCCUUUAACGUCGGCUGCCAUUCUCAACUUGGCUGCAUAUUCUUGGGGACAUGUAGAGGCUUUCAAGGGAAGCAUUGGCUUGGAGGGGAUGUUCUUGCAGAUGUUUAUAGCUGGCUUCGGCGUGGUGAAUUGUAUACCGAUUUAUGAAGCCAUCAUCAGGAGUGACAAAGGGAGAAUUCCUACAAAAACCACUACGGUUUCGUUACUCUUAGCUUUUGCUCUGUAUGUAGUGGCUUAUGUUAGUUUUUAAGUAGCUGGCUUGCUAUGAAUUUCAUGAAUAUUAUCCUUAGAAAUUACUUUCAAGGUUAUAGAAAACUGACAAUGUAUAAGAAGAGACUGUUAUGUUUACUACCAAAUAAUAAAUUUAUCACCAUAUUACACGAUC